AGUAUUAUAGUAAUUAGGUCCCUCCAAACCCAUUAAUUUAGUUUAAUCCUUCUAUCAUUACUUUAUAUAAAACCAUACCUAUUUAAUUAAAGCUUUCAAACCCCACAAAACCACAAGAAAACCCAUUCAAGGACAAGAUUUUCUGUACCAUAAAUUCAAUUGUCUCAUAAUAGUAAUAUCUGUAAUAAUUACUAUUUCUAUAACUUUGCAAAAAAAAAAAAAACAUCCUCUUCAAAAAGAGAACAAUCAUCCAAUCUUUUUGUUUUUCUUCAUAGAGAAGGAGAGAGAAAAGCAAACCCACAAACUAAAAAAAAAAACCCUCCUUCAUUUGUUGAUGAUCGAUGAUAUCGUCGAUAUGAUAUGAUAUGAUAUGAUAUGAAUUGAAAGCUUGGAAAAGUUCGAUAGGAGAGAAAAUAAAUACUUGUACUAGUACAUGUUUUGAAAAAGACUCAAACUUUCUCUAUCUUCUGAUUUUCUUCUUCUUUUGGUGGCUACCCUUCUAUUUCAACCAUUUUGACAUUCAUCUUAUUUUCAAGUUUUCAUCUUUCUCUCUCCUCCUUCCCAAAGGUAUAAACUUUUGAAAUAAGCUUCCAUAUUUUCUUCUUCAAAUUCCAUUUUUCCUCUGUUUUUUUUUUCUUAUUUUCUCUCUAAAUCUAGAUUAUUCGAAGAAGAAGCUAAGGCAAGCUAAUUAAUUACAUGGAAGUGUAAUUAUUAAUUAAGAAGUGGGCGUAAAUUAAUCAUAUAAGUAAAUUUGCAUGGCGUCAAGUCAUAGGUUGGGAGAAACUGGUUUAUCACAAUCAGGCCCUUCAUCAAAUCAUCACAACAUUCCUUUUGCAAUCCCUCAUCAUCAUCACCAUGCCGCCGCGAUCAACCCUACAACAACCAAUCCUUUCAUGAAUCAAGGAGGAUCCUCAUUUGAUUUUGGAGAGCUAGAACAAGCUAUUGUUCUGCAAGGAGUUAAGAUUGGAAAUCAUGAACAACCUAAACCAUCUUUAUUUACAAAUGGAAGCAGACCUGCUGCAACUCUGGAGAUGUUCCCUUCUUGGCCAAUGAGGUUUCAACAAACCACCAGACAGGGAAGUUGUACAAAGUCAGGAGGAGAAAGUACAGAUGAUUCAGGAUCAGCAAUUAACACCCUUUCAUCAAGUCAAGCUGAUACUAAUUUAGAACAACCCGAAUCUCCGAUUAGCAAAAACCAGCAACAACAAAAACAACAGCAACAACAAGGUGGCAGUUUUCAGCAACCAGGAAUGGCAAGUGAUAGCUCCAGAACUGGAAUAUCCCAAAAUCAAGCUGCUCAAAAACAACCUCAAGAAAAGAGGCAUGGUGGAACCAAAUCAGAUAAACCACUUGAUGCUAAGACGCUUAGGCGUUUGGCACAGAACAGAGAAGCAGCUAGAAAAAGUCGACUAAGAAAGAAGGCUUAUGUACAGCAGCUAGAAUCAAGUAGGAUCAAGCUAGCACAGCUAGAGCAAGAUCUUCAAAGAGCUAGAGCACAGGGUUUUUUCAUGGGUGGAGGUGGUGGUGCACCUUCAAAUAUUAGCUCAGGAGCAGCUAUUUUCGAUAUGGAGUAUGCAAGAUGGCUGGAAGAUGAUCAUAGGCACACUUCAGAACUCCGAGCUGCUCUACAGGCUCAUUUAUCAGAUGGAGAUCUUCGGAUUAUAGUAGAUGGUUAUAUCAACCAUUAUGACGAAAUCUUUCGCCUCAAGGGGGUGGCAGCCAAAUCCGAUAUCUUUCACCUCAUCACCGGAAUGUGGACUACUCCUGCAGAACGUUGUUUCCUUUGGAUGGGUGGAUUUAGGCCAUCAGAACUUAUCAAGAUGUUAACAGCACAAUUAGACCCAUUAACGGAGCAGCAGCUGAUGGGAAUAUACAGUCUACAACACUCCUCGCAACAGGCGGAAGAGGCUCUCACCCAAGGCCUAGAUCAACUUCAGCAAUCUUUAGUUGACACCAUCGCGACUAGUACUGUUACUGAUGGUAUGCAUCAAAUGGCUAUUGCUUUGGGCAAACUUUCUAAUCUUGAAGGGUUUAUUCGCCAGGCUGAUAACUUAAGACAACAAACCCUUCAUCAACUACACAGAAUAUUGACAAUUCGACAAGCUGCUAGAUGUUUUCUGGUUAUCGGAGAGUACUAUGGCCGGUUGCGUGCUCUAAGUUCCCUCUGGGCUUCACGUCCUAGAGAACACAUGAUGAACAACGAUAAUUCAUGUCAAACAGCCCCAGAUAUGCAGAUGGUGCAACCUCAUCAACAUAACCACUUCUCGCCGUUUUAGAAUGAAGGUGGCAUCAAGUACAUUCAUGGUGGCUAUCAAAAUCUCUUCCUCCACUCAAGCAUUCCAGCUUCUUUUAGGAAUAGUUUUUUUUUUUUUUAAUUAUUAAAUUCUAUGUAUACCAUUAGGUCAUCUUUCACUUGUAAAUCAAAGGAAGCUUCUCCCUCGCCGCCCCUUGCCCCCUUCCCCAUCCAAAGAGAAAAACAAAGCAACAAUGUAAAUGUGUAGGUGCGAUUUGUAAAUCAUAUUAUAUGAAAUAUAAUUCGCGCUUUAUCUUCUUCUUCGGCUUUUCCUUUUGUA